AUGAAACUCAAUUUCUUAGGUAUUUUAGGUUACGUUUUUGUGUUCAAUACAGUUUGCGACUAUACCGAUAGCUUGCUGGGCUGUUUUCCUCAGCUGAAAGAAAGCUGCAGAACGUUUAUCACCGAAGGUCGCGACUUGGUCAGCAAGAUCAAGCAGGACAAUGCCAUAAUCACCAGUGAGUCAAAGUCCACCAUCAGAUCGAUCCUGAAUAUUCCAAAGGCACUUAGUUCUUGUGUUUACGCUGGCCGUUACGAAGAUGCCUUGGAGCUGAUUCAAAACGUGACCGAGUUGGAGAAGCAGUUGGGUCAUCUACAGAUAUUCAAGGAGGUGAUGACCGAAGUGGGGCUUCAACGCGACGCCAUACUGGACUAUUGCCUUGGUCAGAUGGAAUCGGACUUGACGGUCGCCGCCUGUCUGAAAGUCGUGAGUUUUCUGCGGAGAUUGGGAGUAUAUUCAGAGGCAGAGUUGCGGUUCAAAUUUUUGCAUGCACGUGACGUCUGGUUUCAGUCUAUGCUGAACGCGGAGAAACCAACCGACUCUCUGGCUAGUGUGUGUCAAAUGGUGGAGGUGCACAGGCUACACCUGUUCGACGUAGUUACGCAGUACCGAGCAGUCUUUCCGGACGAGGACCCCGUAUUCAUAACAAUGACGUCUCUGACUAAGAAGCACGCGAACGUGGUGCUUUCGGCAAUCCUUGGAUCUUGGAUACUAGACAAGAUCAACCGUUUCUUAAAAAGCUUGAUCGAUUACUUGAAUGACGAUCGCGUGUUGGAAAAUCUCGACUCUGUUCUCUCGCAGUGCAUGUAUUUUGGCCUUUCGAUGGGCAGAAUCGGGGCUGAUUUUCGGCUGCUCAUGGUCCCUGUGUUUGAAAAUGUCGUUCUGAGGGCAGUCCAAAGUCGCGUCGAAAUCGCCAGUUCAAAGUACUUACUGACCGUAGCCCUUGAAAAGCACACACUGACACACCAUACAUUUAGGCUGAAGGAAAAGAUGAAGUUCUCGAAGACGUUCAUUGCCAACAAUGACUACGCAGAUGCUGCAGCCGCCAGAAGCACGGCGCCUGAAGAUCCCGCCGCCUCCGCGGCUGCAGCCGUUUCACAGCCACCUUCCAUCCUUUUGAAGUACACUGAACUGGCGGUAUAUUGCAAUGAAGUCUUGCAGGCCCUAAACAAAGUGAGGAACUGUUUGCCUCUGAAACUCGCGUGUCAGAUCAGCUCGAUUUUGGAAGAAGCGUUUUGCUCAGUUCUCACAUGUUUGAAUGAAAAGCUAGAGAACGAUCGCAACUAUCAGGCAGAAGACGCCAAAAGGGACUUGCUUAAUUUCGGCAUAGUUUUCGUAAAUGAUUUUCUAUGCUUUAUCAACACUUGUUUGGAAGUACUGUUUCCGUCCAAAUCCUUGGCCGAUGCUAUCGGAAUACCGUUGUCUAAAUUCAGUCAGUUGGUAAGACAUUAAUU